AUGGCUACUGAUCUAGCUACACGAAGAUUGACGAAGGAGUUGCGGUCUUUGCAGAAAGACCCGAUCAAGUCACCAAAGAUUACUGUUUCUCCGAACGAAUCCAACAUUUUGGAAAUGCACUACGUGAUUGAAGGGUCCGAAAAGACUCCAUAUGCUGGUGGAAUCUACCAUGGGAAGCUGAAAUUUCCAAAGGAUUAUCCACUCAAGCCUCCCAGUGUUAUGAUGCUUACGCCCUCUGGGCGCUUUCAACCCAAUCGGCGGCUUUGUUUGUCAAUGAGUGAUUUUCAUCCGGAAACCUGGAAUCCAAUGUGGAGUGUGAGCACAAUCCUUACUGGUCUAUACUCUUUUAUGCUCGAAACAAACCCUACUCUUGGCAGUAUUGACACAACGUCUGCUCAGAAGCGGAAAUUUGCUUACCAAAGUUUGGACUUUAACUGUCGAGACCCAAUGUUCCGAAAACUCUUCCCCGAGUACGUUGAAUUGCACAAAGAGCGACUUUUGGCAAAGCAGAAAGCGCUAGGCAUAACAGAUCCGCCUGCGUCACCUUCCUACGAAUCUUCUGGGCAGAUUUCGGCAAACGAGAAGGUCGAUUUCAGCGGGAUUUUUACCACUGCAGCUGGGGUUAUCGCACUCCUUUCUGCAGUCUUUUUUGCUAUGCGCUUUGCUUGA